AAAUAAAAUAAAACAGUGAUUUAAAGGAAAAACACCUGGGCGGGGGAUGUGGUUCAGAUAGAGAGGGCUCACCUAGCAAGCAUGAAACCCUGCGUUUGAUCCCAACACUGCACAAACUAAGGGCAGUGGCUUCUGCCUGGAAUCCCAGUCCGUGGGUGACAAAGGCAGGAGGAACAGAAGUUCAAGGUUGUGUUUAGUGCUGUCUCGGGCUACUAAAGCCCUGCCUCAAAAGUCUCGCUUCACUUUCCUGCCAGACACCAGCUUGUUGACGUGAUGGCCAGAUGCAUCUACCUUAGCUUUGGACCAAGGCUUCAGUCCUGGAGUGCCGUUGAAGAGGGUCCCCAAUGCUUUCUUGUGGCAUAGAUACGACUCUGCAAGAUGACAGGAGAUAUGGAAAGCCCAAGACGCCACAAGAAGUCCAACCAGGGGCCGCCCUCGUGCCUGCACUGUGCUUCUGGGGCUUCAAUGGCCUUCUACUGGUGGUGGACACAACAGGGAAACCCACCUUCAUCUCCCGCUACCGCAUCCAGCUGGGCAAGAACGAGCCGGUUGACCCCGUGAAGUUGCGUCAGUCUAUCCGCACAGUUGUUUUCAACCAGACUGUGAUUUCUCUUCCCAUGCUGGUCAUCUUCUAUCCUUUCUUCAAGUGGAGGCAAGACCCCUGCUGCCAAGAGCUUCCCACCUUUCACUGGUUCCUUGUGGAGCUGGCCUUUUUCACCCUCGUGGAGGAAAUCCUGUUCUACUACUCACACCGGCUCCUUCACCACCCAACGUUGUACAAGAAAAUUCACAAGAAACAUCACGAAUGGACAGCACCCAUUGGUGUGAUCUCGAUCUAUGCCCACCCUAUAGAACAUGUGGUUUCCAACAUGUUGCCAGUUAUGGUGGGUCCUCUAGCAAUGGGCUCUCAUCUGUCCUCCAUCACUAUGUGGUUGUCCCUUGCUCUCAUCAUCACUACUAUCUCGCACUGUGGUUACCAUCUGCCCUUCCUGCCUUCACCUGAGUUCCAUGACUACCACCAUCUCAAGUUCAACCAGUGCUAUGGGGUACUGGGAGUGCUGGAUCACCUGCAUGGGACUGACAUCAUCUUUAAGCAGACCAAGGCCUAUGAGAGACAUGUCCUCCUGCUGGGCUUCACCCCACUUUCAGAGAGUAUCCCCGAUCCUCCCAAGAAGAUCGAGAGUUCGCUUGGACCAUCCUAACUGUUCCCUCACAAGUAGAAGGUGUGGAGACUGCCUGGGAGCCAUGAUGCCCUUAACAACUUGCCUCCUUUUGCUAUCAUACUCUAAGAACUGUACCAUUAGGGUACAGGAAAAAUACAAGCUUCCUGCCAGGACAAGGCCAUGAAAGGGUGGAUCUGAGCUUCCCCCAAACUACUUCUCAUGUUACCUAGGGCCCAGGAGUUGACUUAGGGAAAAAGAACUAGUAUUUGGGUUGGAGGCCAGUCAAAGGAAAGUCACCAAGAACCUGGUGGUCUCCUUUGGUCCUCUGCUCCAAUCCCCACACUUAGCUCCGCCCAGGGGACAAUGGGCUGACAGUAGGACUGGAAGAUUCCUGAUUCAAAAAACUUUUCUUAUACCCAAAGCCAGGGCACCCUGGUAGUCACAGGUCAAAUGUGUUGACAUGCUAGAUGUGGUCCCUGCUUCCCACCAUGAAAGCAUGAAAUACUUUUGCCCUUCAAAGAUACAAAUCGCUUAGAAGGGACAACAGCCCACAAGAGCUUCUCAACGUGAUGUGCACCCCGGCCCGUGCCUUCACCUGUUUGUAAACUGAGGCUGAUCUCAUGUGGGAGAGGACCCAAGUCAGUGCUCUCUAAUCCCCCCAAAAUCUCUCCCCAGCAAUUACCCUGAGAACACACGGUUCAAUCUUUAAAUGGUGAGCUAUAGCAGCAGGGUUUCCUCUCCUGACAGCUUGUGACUGGGAUCCCAAGAACUUGGCAACUGUUAAGGUAGAUCUGGAAGGCUGCCACCAUUACCAUUUGUUAAAUCUCUGCACAACUGUGCCAGUCUUACAUUUUCAGUUCAGGGUUAGUCAAGACUCCUUAUUGUAGAUUCAAUAAAAUACCUUUAAAAAAAAACCCACACAGCACAGUACACUGGUUUGCACUGUAGUUCACAGCUGCUCUGGAGAUUUAGGUCCAGGUCGCAGCCAGUCUAGACAAACGCAGCAAAAUGUCGAUGUCCGGUAAGCCAGUUCUCCAAAACAGGGCUUCAUCCCAUGAUGCUGAGGCCAACACAAGCCUGGGCCGGCUGGCAACCUAGCACUUUGCUGGCAGUCCCAGCCUCCUCUGGCCUUGGGAACCUGUGCUCUUGGAUUCCUUCAAAUACAAACCCACUCCUCCACUUUACCCCCAUCGCUGGAUGACAGUCAUUCCCUUUCUCAUGAGCAAUACUCUGCAGUAUCAUCAAAAGGGGCAGGGCCAAUUAAAAAAUGGAAAUGAAGUACUGUCAAGAGUACAUGGCCUGUCUCCAUAAGGCCCUAAAUAUUGGUGAAUAAGGUCUUAAAUUCUUCAUAAAAGCAUGACAAAGCCUGUAAAUAAAGUCUCUAUAAAACUCUAUAAAAACAGAU